UGUAUUCUGAAUUGCCUCCAUUCAAUUGGAAUCGGAUAACUGCCCGGCACCAAACAUGUCUCUCCUUCCUCAUUUAAAAGCUAUCUUGGUUCAUUGCUAGUCAUAGACUCAUAGUACAGGGGGAGAGCCAGGCUGAGAGAUAUAGAGCGGAGAGAUGGUGAACCUGGUAGCAGCGCAGAAGCCAUUGCUGCAUGGGCUGAUGAAGAUGGCGGGGGUGAGGCCCCACAUGGUGGAGAUCGAGCCAGGCACGGUCAUGAACUUCUGGGUUCCGUGCGAGACUGUUGAGAAGCCCAAAAAGAAGGGAGACAUCAGCAGCUUGAGAAAACCAACCAAACCCGUUGUGGUCCUGGUGCACGGCUUCGCUGCUGAGGGUAUUGUCACAUGGCAAUUCCAGGUGGGUGCUUUAACUAAAAAGUACUCGGUCUACGUCCCGGAUCUUCUAUUCUUCGGUGAUUCUACCACGGACAAGUCCGACCGGUCGCCGACUUUUCAGGCGGAAUGUUUGGAGAAGGGGCUGAGAAAGCUUGGAGUGGAGAAGUGUACAAUCGUGGGGUUCAGCUAUGGUGGGAUGGUGGCGUUCAAGAUGGCGGAGUUGCACCAGGACUUGGUUCAGGCGAUGGUGGUGUCGGGUUCCAUCUUGGCCAUGACUGACUCGAUCAGUGAAACCACUCUUCAGAGACUUGGGUUCGCUUCUUCUUCGGAGCUGUUGCUGCCCACCUCCGUCAAGGGCCUUAAAGCCCUUCUCUCUGUUGCAGCUCACAAGAAGCUUUGGUUCCCGGAUCGCCUUCACAAGGACUACCUUGAGGUGAUGUUCACAAACAGGCAGGAAAGGGGUGAUCUCCUAGAGGCUUUGGUGGUCAGCACCAAGGAUACCAACAUACCCAAUUUCCCACAGAAAAUACAUCUCUUAUGGGGGGAGAACGAUCAGAUUUUCAACCAGGAGCUUGCCCAUAACAUGAAAGAGCAGCUAGGAGACAAGGCCACAUUUCAAGGUAUAAAGAAAGCCGGUCACCUGGUUCACCUGGAGAGACCCUGUGUCUAUAAUAGGCACCUCAAGCUGUUCCUUGCUUCCCUGAACACAGAUGGAGCCCCAAAAUGAUGAAAUCUACUGCAUUUCUGCUACCUAAAGCACUGCUCAGUGCCAAUGAGGAAUGAGGAGUGUUCAUUGCGUUCUAUUUAAAUAAAACUGUAUCAUGCCUUUGCUAAAGGAAAGAGUGUUUAAUGAGUUUGGGCAA